GUUCACUUACUUACUAUGUACCUAAAUCUUCUGGAUCUUCGAAGAAAAGCAGCAAGAGUUCAGAAACUUGCGCAUCGUUAAGCAAACUGACAGAAAAAUACAUGAGCAGAGUGAAACUUUGGGAAAAACAAUGCUGAGGAACGAGACACCUUGCUGCUACCAGGAGUUCAACGAUGAGGAUAGUGCAAGAGCAUCAGUAACUUACCAGCACAAUGGAAAUGCUCCCCAUGAUCAAGAUGAAACCAGCUGUGAUGCCCUACCAGAUGAGGAUGUUAUAGACAACAGUCUAUUUACAACAGCUUUCAACAAAGCUUGUUUGAAGAAUGUCUUUACAGCUAUUCUUGUGCUCAUCUACUUACUCCUGACAACAGUAGCUGUGUUUCUGGCUUACCAAACUAUUUCAGACUUUUUGGAUAAGUUCAACCAUCCUGUAAUGUCUGUGUCAUUUAAAGAGGUUGAGAAGUUUGCUCCUCCAGGAAUUGCACUGUUUCCAGGGAAGGCCCGGUUAUUAAGCUGUCGUCACCAUUACCAUGAUCACAUCCCACCUGGUUUAUCAACAGGUCAGAUGGAAGACAGUGACUGUGUAAUACAGGAAGUUAUUUAUACAGACCCAUACUCCAACCACACAAAAAGGCAAGCGUUGGUGGUUGAAGGUCCAACAGAUGUUAGGAACCGAGAGCUUAUAUUUCUACAGUUCAGUCAGAACGAAACUGAAGAGGACUUCAGUGCCAUCAGUUACAUGCUUUUUGCCCAGUACACUGAUAUGGCUAAAAGUUCAGAUAAGGCUGCAUUUAUGAAGGACUGUGAAAGAAACUACUCCAUGUGGACUUUCUCUGGUGGUUUUCGUACCUGGGUCAAAAUGUCGCUGGUCCGUACAUCUGCGAGAGGAAACGAAUCUGUUGAAUUCAGGCAGGAGUCCAGUGUGGUAAAGUACAAUGACAGAAGGCCUCCAGAACAGCAAAAAAAUGAGCUUUUCUUUGUUGUGUUUCAAUGGCGGGAUCCAUUUAUACAACAAGUCAAAGACAUAGUCACAGCAAACCCCUGGAACACUAUUGCAAUUCUGUGUGGUGUUUUGAUGGCCCUUUUUAAAGCUGCAAACUUUGCCAAACUCAGCAUUAAAUGGAUGAUCAAAAUUCGCAAAAGACACUUAAGGGCAAAAAUGCGUGAAAUGAACCAAAUCAGCUGAAGAGGAUCUGUUUCCUGAAUCAUUAGUGCUCUAUUCAUACAUUUGUACUAUUACCUGUCCACACUUUUAGUGUACACUAACUGGAUUUUAACAUUUUAGAUGAAUUGUUUAUACUUUUAUGAUCAUUUCUGAUGCAUUAGUUUUUUUUAAAACUUGAUCUUUUAAAAUGACUACUGACAGUAUUUUGAAUCUUAAUUCUAAUUGUGUUUUUGCACAAGGACAAAAAUGACAGAUUUUUUCCUAACUGGCUUUGACCAAACAUAGAAGCUUCUUCAGUCACAGACAUUAAUAUGUGAUAGAUGCUGGGUCAUCUAAAAUAUAAAAACAUCUUUUAAGUUGUAUAUGUAGCUAACCUUAUUUGGUUUAAGAGCUUUAUCUGUGGUUUUGUUUUGCUGCUUUUUAUCAUUGUUAAUUGUGGUGCAGAGCACUAUAGGUCCUGGGGACCUGAGUUUGAUCAUUGCUUCUGGUCACUGUCUGUGAGGAGUUUUGCAUGUUUUUACUUGUCUCCAUGGGUUCUCCCACUCCCUAAUACAUGCAGUUUGUGUCUGAAUAACAGAUUUGUUUAUUUUAUCUGUCUGUGAUAGUGAGACAUUAGCAAUUUGGUUUCAGACAGCAAACAUUGUGUGGUUGACACUAAAAGCCAUUUUGUCAGUAUUUUUCAUUUAAGCUGUUACCAAAGGAUGUGUAUGCCUGACUUUAAGUUUGCUAGAUGUUCUAUUUCAAAAUCAUGGGCUAUAACACAAGAUGUACACAAUAUUUGAUAGUAUGUCUGCGGGAUAUUAUACCUAUUCAGUCCAGAUUCAUUGUAAUAUAAUUGAUUUUAUAAACCUGCUAGAAAUGGGUGUGAAACACUUGAACCCACUAAUGAGAAGGGGUGUCCACAUACAUUUGGAUUUACUUGUCUAAGCACAUUUUUUGUAACUGUCUUUGUUGUAGCAAUGAUUACUUGUAUUGCAUCUCAGAGAAAAUACACAAUCCUGAAAUCAGUGAUUUUUUAUAAGUCGAUUUAUAAGAUUUAAAAUAUUUUGUCAUUUUAAGAUUAUGUAGCAAUAAACUUGCAUGUGUUUAAACAUUCAGCUUAUGAACUGUGUUCCAACUUUAAUGAACAUACUGAUGAAGUCUUGUUUUCAUUUAAAGCCUGAGGAUAUUUUGACAUUUGGUGUAUAAACAGGUUGGAGAUGGUUUGAUAUUCUCAACAAGGAAUAUUUAAUGCAGGCUGGUUUAUGAUUUGUUUAAAAGUGAAUAGUACUCUGUGGGAAAAAAUUAAAAAUAAAAUAUAUAACUU